UAUAAGAAGUGAUGCUCGUCCAACGAAAGUUGUAGCAAGCAGGUAGAGCGAGUGAAAGUUUCUAGAGAUUGUCAGUAGAGUUGUGUGAGCUUUGAGAAUCUGGUUCUUGAAUCUGAUGGAGUUUGUGGAUGAAUCUGAAGAGGAGUUCGAGGAGUUCUGGGAGGAGGACUGGCCAGAGUUCCAUCGGGGAAGACGAGGAGGCGGGGGUCGGCGAGGAGGAGAGCAACCUCGCCGUGGCAAGCAGCAGCACAUUGGAAGAUGGAUUCGUGUCGAUUGGAUCGAAACGGCUGAUCAUCACAUCCUCCAGAUCGAUCUGCCUGGUGUGAAGAAAGAUCGACUCCAUUUGAAGGUCGAAGGCAACAGGAUGCUGGUGAUCUGUGGGGAGAAGCACCGGGACAAGCCUGAUAAGGAGAAAGGCGAGAAGGCGAGAUUCUAUGAGCGAUUCGGAGGCGAGUUUUCAAGAUCCUUUCGGAUGCCCAAGGAUGCAAAGAUAGACGAGAUUACGGCCACCAUGGAAGAUGGUGUACUCACUGUCACAAUCGCCAAGAUCAAAUCUGCUGAACAGAAGCCCGAUGUGAAGAACAUCAACAUCCAGUUUGCUCAGCAGGCUGGUGGAACUCAUUUGCCAGGUACUCAGCAGCAGCAAUCUGCUGCUACAGCUGCCACUUAAGAAAGUGAAAACGUCCAUGGCCACAUAAACAAACCUAUAUAGAUUUUGAAUAAAAUAUUCUGGCAGAGUUUUACUUGGA